AUUGGAUAUCAAGGGAAAGUGCAAAGUAUCUAUCUCAGUGUAUUUUGUCGGUUGAACGGCAUCGUAAUGCAUGAAUUGCUGCACAUGCUGGGGUUGCCCCAUGAGCAAUCCCGACCGGACAGAGACGAGUUCAUCGAAAUAAAUACAACAAACAUCAAGCAAAAUCGUAGAUCCAACUUUCAGAAAAUCAACCCCUCUUCUUUCAACACUCUCAACCUUCCAUAUGACUACAAUUCAAUAAUGCAUUAUCAACAGAAUGCGUUUGCUAUUGAUAGGAGGUAUUCAACAAUAAUAACAAAGGUGAAAGGUGUCCGUAUUGGUCAACGGAUUGGAAUGAGUCAACUGGACAUCAUAAAAAUACAGAGAUUGUAUGGCUGUUUAGAACGAGAAUUGGUGCUUCCACAAAAUGGCAGUAUUUCAUCUCCAAACUGUACAUUUGAUAAUGGUUUAUGUGGCUGGAAUCACACAGAAAUUAAUUCACCAAUGAAUGCCAAUAAAUGGGUUCGUCAUUCCUUCUUUGAGACAUCUCCAAAUACUGGGCCAACAUACGAUCACACUUACAGGACAUUUGAAGGUUUCUAUUUGUACAUGAAAGCUGUUCCGAACCAAGACAGUGUAGCAAGAAUUCAGACACCCCAGCUGCCUCCUGGCAAUUACUGCUUGACCUUUUGGUACCAGAUACGUGGUUUAUCCAGGGUAUCACUUCAACUGAACCAAAUUGAGGAAGACAACAUUUCUGCUGGUUUAUUCUUGGCAGAAGGAAACCAAAACCAAACAGAGAAAUGGACAGAAGUGAACAUUUCAAUCACAGCCACAGGAAAUACACAAAUUGAGUUUGAAGGUAAAAUUGGUAACAGCUCUUCCAUUGAUAUUGCUGUCGAUGAUGUUAUAUUCCUGCCAAGAUUAUGUUUCAAAAAUCUCCAUACUUCUUCCAAAUAAUGCUGUUCUUUUUGUUAUUCA